CCUCCCUUUGCUAGUGCUUCGCAUUUCGAGUGCUGGGUCUUUUUGUCCCCUACUGCGUGCCGUGUCAGUUUCCGAGCGGAAGUGGUGACUGUGAGAGAAGAAGAUGGCGGCCUCUGUGGUGGCGCCGCCUGGUGUGGUGGUCGGUCGGCCCAACAAGCGCAGCGGCAGCGGGCCGGCAGGCGGUGGCAGCGGCGGCGGCGGCGGUGGAGCAGCCAGAGGGGCGGAGGAGGAACAGCCGCCGCCCCUACAAGCAGUUCUGGUGGCCGACAGCUUCAACCGCCGCUUCUUCCCCAUCUCCAAGGACCAGCCUCGGGUCCUCUUGCCCCUGGCCAAUGUGGCGCUAAUUGACUACACUCUGGAAUUUCUGACUGCCACAGGUGUACAGGAAACCUUUGUCUUUUGUUGCUGGAAGGCUGCCCAAAUCAAGGAACAUUUAUUGAAAUCCAAGUGGUGCCGCCCUACAUCCCUCAACGUGGUUCGAAUAAUUACAUCAGAGCUAUAUAGAUCACUGGGGGAUAUUCUCCGUGAUGUUGAUGCUAAGGCCUUGGUGCGCUCUGACUUCCUUCUGGUGUAUGGGGAUGUCAUCUCAAACAUCAAUAUUACCAGAGCCCUGGAAGAACACAGGUUAAGGCGGAAGCUGGAAAAAAAUGUGUCUGUGAUGACGAUGAUCUUCAAGGAGUCAUCCCCCAGCCACCCAACUCGUUGCCAUGAGGACAAUGUGGUAGUGGCUGUGGAUAGUGCCACAAACCGGGUGCUCCAUUUCCAGAAGACCCAAGGCCUCCGACGUUUUUCUUUUCCUCUGAGCUUGUUCCAGGGCAGUGGAGAUGGAGUGGAGAUUCGCUAUGAUUUACUUGAUUGUCAUAUCAGCAUCUGCUCUCCUCAGGUGGCUCAACUCUUUACAGACAACUUCGACUACCAAACUCGAGAUGACUUUGUGCGAGGCCUGUUAGUAAAUGAGGAGAUCUUAGGAAACCAGAUCCACAUGCAUGUGACAACUAAGGAAUAUGGUGCCCGGGUCUCCAACCUACACAUGUAUGCUGCUAUCUGCGCUGAUGUCAUCCGCCGAUGGGUCUACCCUCUCACCCCAGAGGCGAACUUCACUGACAGCACAACCCAAAGCUGCACUCACUCCCGACACAACAUCUACCGAGGGCCUGAGGUCAGCCUGGGUCAUGGCAGCGUACUGGAGGAAAAUGUGCUCCUGGGUUCUGGCACUGUCAUUGGCAGCAAUUGCUCCAUCACCAACAGUGUCAUUGGCCCCGGCUGUCACAUUGGUGAUAAUGUGGUGCUGGACGAGGCCUUCCUAUGGCAGGGCGUCCGAGUGGCUGCUGGAGCACAGAUCCGUCAGUCUGUGCUCUGUGACAAUGCUGAGGUCAAGGAAAAAGUUAUCCUGAAGCCACGCUGUGUCCUCACUUCCCAGGUGGUGGUAGGCCCAGGCAUCACGCUGCCUGAGGGCUCGGUGAUCUCUCUGCACCCUCCCGAUGCCGAAGAUGAUGAGGAGGGUGGUCAGUUCAGUGAUGAUUCUGGGGCUGACCAAGAAAAGGAGAAGGUGAAGCUGAAAGGUUACAAUCCAGCAGAAGUCGGAGUUGCAGGCCAGGGCUACCUCUGGAAAACAGCAGACAUGAACAUGGAGGAAGAGGAGGAACUACAGCAGAAUCUGUGGGGACUCAAAAUCAACAUGGAAGAAGAGAGCGAAACUGAAAGUGAGCGAAGUAUGGAUUCUGAAGAGCUAGAUAGCCGGGCAGGCUCCCCACAGAUGGAUGACAUCAAAGUGUUCCAGAAUGAAGUCCUGGGAACUCUACAGCGGGGCAAGGAGGAGAACAUUUCUUGUGACAAUCUAGUCCUAGAGAUCAACUCUCUCAAGUACGCCUACAACAUAAGCCUGAAGGAGGUGAUGCAGGUGCUGAGCCAUGUGGUCCUGGAGUUCCCCCUGCAACACGCGGAUUCCCCACUCGACCCAAACCGCUACUGUGCCCUGCUGAUUCCCUUGCUCAAGACCUGGAGCCCUGUUUUUAGGAACUACAUAAAGCGUGCAGCUGAUCAUUUGGAAGCAUUGGCAGCCAUUGAGGACUUCUUCCUGGAGCAUGAAGCCCUUAGUACUUCCAUGGCCAAGGUACUGAUGGCUUUCUACCAGCUGGAGAUCCUGGCUGAGGAAACAAUCCUGAGCUGGUUCAGCCAAAGGGAUACAACUGACAAGGGCCGGCAGUUGCGCAAGAACCAGCAGCUGCAGAGGUUCAUCCAGUGGCUAAAAGAGGCAGAAGAGGAGUCAUCUGAAGAUGACUGAAGUCGCACUACCUGCUCCUGUGGGUGUGGUUGAUUGCCCUCCUGGUUUCUGGGCCAGGGCAAGUGAGAGGCUAGUUGCAGAAGGAUGAGUGACCACCAUCUGAGCUGAGACUUAAAGGAGCAGAGGCUGGAGCUACAGUAUUCUUCCCACCGCCAGCAGCCAUGUGCCUCCCAUCAUGACUGGGGAGUUGAGAUGAGGGAAGUUGGGCUGGAUGACAACUCUGCCUAAGGAGGAGCUAGGCAGGCCCUGCAGUUAGAGGAAGGCCAGAGGAACAGCUUUGUGCUCUGGUUUCCCUCAGGGAACAGCAGAGAGCAGUUGGCCCUCUCUGUUGCUUGUAUUUGUUAAUAUUAAAAAACAGAGAGGUAUA